GUGAAUAUGGGGCGGGGCUUAAUUGUGAUGUCACAAUGAACAGAGUUGACUUGAUAACUGACACACCAAACAUCAUUGCUAUCCAGCACACAAGAGAAAAUUGACAUUAUCGAAAGGUAAGAAAAAUACAUAUAAAAAACUCUAUAUACCCUGUAUAUUAUGGGAUGUCAAAUUAUGAAAGUGUCAGCUGUUUGACUAAUUGGCAUAUCUGUAAGCCUUAAACCUUAAGUUAAUAUGUGGCUGACUUAAUUAUGAUGUCAUAAUGAUCUGUAAACCUCAAGUGAAUAUGGGGCGGGGCUUAAUUGUGAUGUCACAAUGAACAGAGUUGACUUGAUAACUGACACACCAAACAUCAUUGCUAUCUAGCACACAAGAGAAAAUUUACAUUAUAGAAAGGUAAGAAAAAUACAUAUAAAAAAACUCUAUAUACCCUGUAUAUUAUGGGAUGUCAAAUUAUGAAAGUGUCAGCUAAUUGACAUAUCUGUAAGCCUUAAACCUUAAGUUAAUAUGUGGCUGACUUAAUUAUGAUGUCAUAAUGAUCUGUAAGCCUCAAGUGAAUAUGGGGCGGGGCUUAAUUGUGAUGUCACAAUGAACAGAGUUGACUUGAUACCUGACACACCAACCACCUAUUUAUUUAUUUCCAGCACACAAAAGAAGAAGUACUUUAGUGAAAGCACACGAGAGAAGAAGAAAAAGAUUAGCGAAAAGUAAGAAAAAUACAUAUAAAAAACUCUAUAUACCCUGUAUAUUAUGGGAUGCCAAAUUAUGAAAGUGUCAGCUGUUUGACUAAUUGGCAUAUCUGUAAGCCUUAAACCUUAAGUUAAUAUGUGGGGGGGGCUUAAUUAUGAUGUCACAGUGAUCAUAUCUGUAAGCCUCAAGUUAAUAUGGGGAGGGGCUUUAUUGUGAUGUCACAGUGAACAGAGUUGACUGACACAUCAAACACCUACUUAUUUAUUUCCAGCACAGAAGAGAAGAAAAACCUUAGUGAAAACACACUAGUGAAGAAGAACUUUAGAGAAAGCACACGAGUGAAAAAGAACCUUGUGAAAACACACAAGUAAAGAAGAACUUAAGUGAAAGAAGAAUGAGCAGUUUCUGUUCAUUUAGUGACUUGCUGAAAACAAGACAAAUGUUGAGAAGAUUGUUUAGCGCUUGUUGUAAGGGACGAAAGCGAAAAACUCAUUUAAAGGAACCCAGAGGAACAUUGGAACUGGGAAAUCUGAUUGGCAACGGCUCCUCCGGCCAAGUCUACAAGGGUCACAAUCUGAAAACCAACAAGGUUGUGGCCAUUAAAAUGAUGAACCCUUCUGAGGAUACUCAGAAGGAAAUAAAAACGGAGAUAGAGAUCCAUAAGGAAGUAUCAAGGCAUAAAAACAUCGCCUCAUUCUAUGGAGCCUAUCAACAACGUGGCUCCAUAAUGAUGCCUAUAAUGAUUGAAAUGGAAUUUUGUGGAGGUGGGACACUCUUCGAACUGAUCAACAGCCCUUUUUGUAGAGGUCUUCCCGAACAUUGCAUUGCUUAUGUAUGUCGGGAAGUCUUAAAGGGUCUGUCACGCCUCCAGAAAAAACAAAUAAUGCACCGAGACAUCAAAUCCCAUAAUAUUGCGAUAACUGAAGACGCCAGUAUACGUUUAAUUGAUUUUGGGCUUGCACGAAAAGUUAAAAGAUUUUGGCCUUGCAAAGAACUACAGGGAACGCCGCACUACAUAGCACCUGAGGUGUGGACAUGCAGCUCAUAUGAUUUUAAGUGCGACAUAUGGGCUUUGGGAAUAACUGCCAUUGAGAUGGCAGAAACAAGCUGCCCACUGCUCCAUUUACAAGGAGAAGCAGUUGGAAAAGAAAUUGUAUCUGGAGAUCCUCCAACUCUGAGUCGACCACGCAGAUGGUCUCCAGCUUUUAACUCCUUUAUUGAUCUCUGUCUAACCAAAGAUCCCAAAGACAGACCAAUGGCUAAGUUUCUGCUCCAAGAACAUCACUUCAUAACAGAGCUACAGGAUGAAAUGCAAGUGAAAGCAGAAAUGAAAGACUUAAUCAGAAGACUGAAUGCAGCUAAACAUCUAGCUUCAAAAACAGCAGAAGACAUUGCUAAUGCUGCAGUAGAAGAAGUGCCCAGUGACGUUGUUGUGUCACUGGACACAAAAAAAGAAAAAACAGCAGAGAAUGCUGAAGAAGCUGCUUCAGAGGUUCAGGUGGAUGAACCAGCCAGUGAAGAAGUUGUGGAGGCAAUUUCAAAACAAGAUGUCAGCUCAACCGACAUUAUGGGGAAAAAGGACACCAUAGGUCAUAUUAAAAUAGGUGAACCUGAGAAGGAUGUUGAAGCCUCAACUACACCUAAGGAGGACCCACUUCAGUCCAGUGAAAAAGCCCCAGAACUUUCAGUUGCUCAGGAUUUGUCUCCACAAGAGGAAGUCGGCUCAACCGACACUGAAGAGGAACAGACCACCGUAUGCCAUAUUGACAUGGGCGAUUCUGAGGAGGCUCCACACACCUCAUUUCAGUCCAGCAAAGAAGCCCCAGUAUUAGAAGAAAAUACUGGAGAUUAGGUCACAGAAAAUGCUAGUGACUUUAUAGGCUUAGUAAUGUUAUUCUUAUUAUUGUUACUGGCGCUUUUUCAUCAACCGACACAAAAAUAGAAGAAACAGCAGAGAAUGCUGAAGAUCUAGCCUCAAAACCAGCAGAAGACAUUCCUAGUUCUGCUGUAGAAGAAAUGCCCAGUGACGAUGUUGUGUCACUGGACACAAAAAUAGAAAAAACAGCAGAGAAUGCUGAAGAAGCUGCUUCAGAGAUUCAGGUGGAUGAACCAGCCAGUUAAGAAGUUGUGGAGGCAAUUUCACCACAAGAUGUCGGCUCAACCGGCAUUAAGGGGAAUAUAUUUAUAUUCAGAAGAUGAAAUACUGCAUCUUCAUUUCUUGCAAAUGGUUUUCUACAUUGGGAUAUAAGUAAAAAAGGAGGAAGGAGGCUCAUUUAAUUCAGAAGAUGAAAUUCUGCAUCUUCAAUUCUUGCAAAUUAUAUAAGCAAAAGAGGAGGAAGGAGGCACAUUUAAUUCAGAAGAUGAAAUUCUGCAUCUUCAAUUCUUGCAAAUGAUUUUCUA